GCUGCAGCUCUCGGGCACUGGCUGGGGGGUGCAGGUGAGGGGAAUGGAGGGGGCUAUUGCAGGGAGGGGUCUCGCUGUCCCUGCAACAGCACCUCUGUGCGAGCGAGGUGAAGCUCAGCCCCACGGGCAGCACGUGGGCCAGCUCGGCCCCUCGCAGCCGCUGCUGGCCGGGUUCACAGGACAGCCCUCCUCCAGGCGUGAGCCAGGAUGCAGGAGCUGCGCGGCUGCUGGCGGCACGGCACGGCCAGUACCACUUCCCGUUUGCCAGGAUGCUCCGUGGGCUCUGGAGCCCUCAUCCCCCUCCUCGCAGCCCCGUCUAUGCCAGGACACUGCCCAGGAUUGGGAAGCACCUUUGCGGGAGGUGAUGAGCAGUUGUCCCCUCCUUUCCUCCCGGCUGCAGGAGCAGUGCUUUCCCACGCGUGGGUUUGUCGGCAGCAGCGUGCGAUGCUUCGCUGUCUCUGCCCAGGCUGUAGAGGCGUUGCUGGUGAUGGCAGGGCUGGGGCAGGAUGGGGCCAUGGUGCUGUGCGUCAGCCUCGCAGUUUCUGCUGUUUGCCUGGCUGUUUGCAUCUGCAGGGUUAAGCGAAGGGGGUGCAGGAAGAUGCAUUUAUUUCCCCCAAGUGACUGGAUCUGUCCUCUCCAAGAUCUGCAGCGUAGCGUGUGGGGCGGGAGGGGAAGGACAGAUGCAGAAGCAUUGUUUACUUAAAAUUACAAACUGCUGGGGGAAGCAGAACACAGUUGUAUUUUAUGGUUCCCAGAAAAUCUCGGGCAUGUCUGAGAACAUCCCCCUGAAGCUCCUCCAGGCUACUCCCUGUUGAGUAAAACAAGGGAAAAAACAAACCCAACCCAACCCGGCCCCUUCUGUUGGCGGGUUCCUGGGAGGAUUCUGCAGCUGGAAAUCCUCCCUGCCAGACUGCGGGAGCUCUCAGUGCCUCAGCAGACAUGCACGUGAAAACCGUGCUCAUCCUGCUCGUGCUGGCUUUAGCCACGAUCUUUGCUUUAGUCUGUGUGUUGCUGACCAGAGGACGGGCCCAGCACCUGCCCCAGCACCAGCCCCCGCAGCAGGAGGACACCGAUGACGGCCAGAGCCUGGUCUUUGCCGAUCUGACACCCGAAGAGAUGGUGCAAGUGGUGCGGUACCUGCAGGGAAACCUUGGGGUGCAGCUGGUUGACGCCUCGCGUGCAAAGCCCUCCGACAACUGCAUCGCCUCCGUCGACGUGCAGGUCCCGGCCAAGGCAGAGGUGCUGCGGUUCCUGGAUGGUGGGGGGGCUCGCCCCGCGCGGGAGGCGCUGGCUGUGGUCUACUUUGGGAAUCAAGCAGACCCCAACGUCACUGAGUACGUGGUGGGUCCGCUGCCGACGCCAGUGUAUCACCGGGACGUCACGGUGCAGAAAUACGGGGGGAAGGUGCCGUACCACCGCAGACCUGUUACCGGCAAGGAGUACGUGGACAUCAACACCCUCAUCCAGCGGGAGCUGCGAAAGGCGCCGCGCUUCCUCGCCACGUGCUGCGAGUCCGAUGGGACCGACCUGGCCAUCCUCACAACAGCCCCCCGGGGCUUCAAGUCUGGUGACCGCAUGACCUGGUUUGUCCUCUUCCACAAUGUGGCCGGCAUUGGCUACUAUCUCUCGCCGGUGGGGCUGGAGGUGCUGGUGGAUCACAGGGACCUCCGUGUCUCCCGCUGGCGGCUGCGCCAUGUCUUCUACAACGGCCAGUACUUUGCCAGCACAGAGGAUCUGGAGCAUGCAUUUGUGAUGAACUUGCUGGAGGUUGUCAAGAUCAAGAAGCCCCAGGCUGAAGUGGUGCUGGGCUCGAUGAGACCCCGGCACCCACCUGGCUCCCCAGGGCCACUGCAGUACGAGCCUCAGGGUCCCCGCUACAGCGUCAGGGACAACCGUGUCACCUUCCAGGGCUGGAGCAUCACCUUUGGCAUGAACCCUAACAGUGGCCCACGCCUCUUUGACAUCAGGUACCGUGGGGAGAGGAUUGCCUAUGAGCUGAGUCUCCAGGAAGCCUUAGCCCUGUACGGCUCCAACUGCCCCGGGGGGAUGUUGACUCGCUACCUUGACGGGAGCUUCGGCAUCGGCAGGUUUGCCUACGAGCUUGUCCGGGGCCUUGACUGCCCCUACAUGGCGACCUAUGUGGACCAGCACUACCUGGCAGAGUCAGACACCCCCAAAACCAACCAAAACUCUCUCUGCAUUUUUGAGCAUGAUGCUGCCCUCCCCUUGCGGCGCCACUUCUCCGACUCGCAGUCCUUUUACUACGGUGGGCUGCGGAAAAACACGCUGGUCAUCCGUGCCAUCUCCACUCUCAUCAACUACGACUACAUCUGGGAUUUCAUGUUCCAUGGCAGCGGGGCCGUGGAGGUCCGGGUGCACGCCACCGGCUACAUCAGCUCCUCCUUCCUCAGCAGCCAAGGCACCAACUAUGGCAAUAGGGUUGGGCCCCACACGCUGGGGACCAUGCACCUCCACCACAUCCACUACAAGGUGGACCUGGAUGUCGAUGGGCAGCUGAACUAUCUGGAGACCCAGGACAUGGGGUACGAGCUCGUGAAAGACCCCUGGAGCUUGCAGAACACCAUCGAGCGGCUGUACCUCCGCAGGGAGAGGCUGGAGAGGGAGGACGAGGCGGCGUUCCCACUCAAUUCCCCCAUGCCCCGCUACCUCUCCUUUGCCAGCCCCAAGCCCAACAAGUGGGGGCAUCCGCGCAGCUACCGGAUCCAGAUCACCAGCUUCGCCGGGGAGCACCUGCCCCUCAGCAGCCCCAUGGAGAGGUCCAUCAGCUGGGGCAGGUACCAGCUGGCUGUCACCCGGCGGAAGGAAGAGGAGCCCACCAGCACCAGCAUCUACAACCAGAAUGACCCGUGGACGCCCACUGUUGCCUUUGCUGACUUCAUUGACAACGAGACCAUCACCAACGAGGACCUAGUCGCUUGGAUCUCCGUGGGGUUCCUGCACGUCCCCCAUGCUGAAGAUGUCCCCAACACGGUGACCGUGGGGAACAGCAUUGGCUUUUUCCUGAGACCCUACAACUACUUUGAUGAGGACCCCUCGGUGGACUCGCCCGACAGCGUCUACUUCAGCAGUGAGCAAGAUGCCGGAGCGUGCGGGGCCAACCCCCUCGCCUGUCUGCCCUCCACUGCUGCCUGCGCCCCCCAGCUGCCCCCAUUCUGCUAUGGGGGCUUCCUUAACCUCAGCCUGGCCCCGCCACCCGGCGGGCUCUGA